AUGGAAGACCAUGUACCUGACCUGCAGCUGCUUCAAGCAAGCAUCGAUGCAGAUAGCGAGAGCGAAUUUCGAAUUCUCGUGGACAAAAGAUUUGUCAAAUAUCUCACUAUCGACGCAGGUCUGUUUGAGAUAGAUGAAAUGGCAUUUGGUCCUACUCUAUUCUCCUUGCUUCCACAGUUUCCAGACAAGGCCUGGAAUCAAGGCCGCAUCUCGGAGGAUCCUGUGACAGGAGCAGUUUGUUUUUCCGCCGUAUCGAGGGCACAUCUCCCUGGAGUUGUCAACAUUUGGCAUACCACUCGUAUUGAUCAUUUGGAUCUCCAGAUGGGCCAAAAACUUCGUUCCAACGUCUACGAGGCCACAUCCUCUCGCUUCAACCCGCCAGUUACUGCCAAAUUCGCCCGGUUCCCCUGGGAGGUGCCUCAACUGGAAGCAGAGACAACAGCGUACCAGUGGAUAGAAGGCCAACCGAUUGGACCAAGCUUUCUUGGCCACUUAAUAGAGGAGGGUCGAGUAAUUGGGAUUGUUGUGGCUCGCAUUGCAAAUUAUCGUCAUGCCACGCCAGACGACUUCGCUCUAUGCCACCAGGCUUUGUCCAAACUAUAUCGCAUAGGGAUCAAGCACGGUGAUAUCAACAAGCACAAUUUUCUUGUUCAUGCUGGCAGAGCAACGCUUAUUGAUUUCGACAACGCUUCACGAACGACUAGUUCCAAGGAAUUGGAAGCAGAGAUGUGCAGUCUGCAGGAGCAGUUAUCGGAUAUGUCUGGCAGGGGAGGUAGAGUGAUUGAAACAAGCACAGGCUAA